GCAGCCUGACGAAUACAACAUGGAAGAAAGUGGGCAAAAACUCGAACAGCGCGAAAACCAAGCGUCGGUCGGCGUCCGUAUGAAAAGACAGCUGACCCUAACCAACGGCGUGGCGACCACCAUGAGUAUCAUGAUCGGGUCUGGCAUCUUCCUGUCCCCGAAGGGCGUUCUGCGGGCCACCGGUUCUGUGGGCUUGUCUCUGAUCGUGUGGACUUUAAGCGGUGUGCUGUCCUUACUCGGAGCUCUGUGCUAUGUAGAGCUCGGGACUACAAUCCCAAAGUCAGGCGGGGACUACACGUACCUUCACGAGAUCUUCGGACCAUGGGUGGCUUUUGUGAAGAUCUGGCAGAACUUUACUAUAGGAGGACCCUGCGCGACUGCAGUGUUGGCGAUCACCGUGGCCCAGUACGUUCUGUACCCGUUCUUCACGCCUUGCCCGGCCCCGUACUUGGCUGUUCGCUUGAUUGCGGCAGUUUGUUUAGGUCUGGUGGGGUUUGCCAACUGCUACAGUGUUCGUUUGGCGGCUCAACUGAACAACGUUUUGACGUUUCUGAAGCUGGGAGCACUCGGCAUCAUCAUUGUCUUCGGCGGGAUUCAACUAGCUAAAGGACAUACUGACAACUUGGACCCAGCCAACGCGUUUGACGGAACCACUUCUUCCGUUGGGGAUGCAAUGGUGUCUUUCUAUUCCGCGCUUUGGGCAUACAGCGGAUGGCAAAGCCUAAAUGCUAUAGUGGAGGAGCUGAAAAACCCGACGAGGACCCUGCCCCAGUGCGUAGCGAUCUCGGUGCCGCUGGUGACUGUUAUGUUCGUGCUGACGAACAUCGCGUACUUCACCGCCAUGACUCCUGACGAACUACUCGCAUCUGAUGCUGUCGCCGUGACAUUCGCUAACCGUCUCCUCGGCACCAUGAGUUGGAUCAUCCCCCUGGCCGUGGCCGUCUCAACGUUCGGAACUCUUCUGACAAACACCCUGGCCUUUUCAAGACCCUGGAUGGUCGCUGCAAGAGAGGGGACUCUACCGAGGAUCCUGUCGAUGAUUCAAAUAGACCGACUGACCCCCGCUCCAGCUGUCAUACUGAGGAUUUCGUUUUCUCUGCUGAUGCUGAUCCCAGAUGACGUGUAUAAGGUACUAAACCUGAUGGGUUUCGCUGGCUGGCUGAGCAGCGCUGUCACUGUUAUCGGGCUGCUGUGGUGGAGGUACAAGAAACCUGACCUACCCAGGCCUAUCAAGAUGAACCUGGCCAUUCCUGUACUAUUCGUGCUACUGAGCCUGUUCAUGGUGGUUGUAUCUUUCGUGUCGGCGCCAGUCGAGUGCGGCAUCGGUUUGGCAAUUUUAGCCAGCGCCGUUCCAGUAUACGCCGUCUUCGUGCACUGGAAAAACAAGCCGGCGUGGUUCAUGUCGUUUGAAGGUCAGAACUCGCUGUUUAGAUCUACUCGACGCUACGUGACAACUCGUCUGCAACUGAUUCUAAACGUCGUACCACAAGAUCCAACGGUGAAGAUCAAGUGA